AUGCCGCCAAGGAGGGAACUUGAUGGAAGGGGCCGUGGUGGAAACAAUCAAGACGAUUUUGAACGUUUGGCGCAGCAAAUUGAGCGCCUUACCCGACAGAUGAAGACUUUAAUGGUUCGUCAGCAACAGGAAGAAGAUGAUUAUGAGCAUGAAACAAACCCAUUUAGUGAAGACAAUCGCAUGGAAGAGAUUCGGCACAAUAACAAUUAUGGUACGAGGCGUUGGGAAGUGGGUUUGAGAAUUGAUAUUCCUGAAUUUCAUGGCAGCCUUCAACUUGAGGAUUUUCUUGAUUGGCUUAAUUCUGUAGAAGAGGUACUAGAGUUUAAAGAUGUUCCUGAAAAUAUAAAAGUUUCCCUUAUAGCGACCAGGUUUCGUGGGCGUGCUUCGGCAUGGUGGCAGCAAUUCAAGGCAACCCAUCUGCGACAGGGAAAAUAA